AAGAUGAGUGUUUUGUCAGAGGGCAGCAGUUGGCUAUAAACAUCGCAGACUGCCCCUUUAAGCUUAUGUCUAUCCAUCCAGUCGUGCAAAAAAUAAUUUGCUUUCAUUGAGAGGAAGGUGGGUCUGACCCUCCAUGUGCUUCUCUGGUUACUUACAAGAGGAGCGUUUAAAAAGUGACGGCCCAUCGUGCGGUAUUUAUAGCUCAUCUAGCAGGGGGUACAGAUCUUCCCACGGGGAAUUCUUGUAUGAGCACGGUCACUUUCCUAAUAUAUCCGUCCCUCGACCCCGGCACUGCAGCGACACAGCUAACACGCCGCUCAGAGUUUUACUGAGUUAAGGAGUUUUUUGUAUUCAUGACCGACACCAUGAUGCGGAGUACGAUCCCUGUAGAUACAGAGAUCGACCUAGGGGACUACGGGGACAGCGAGGACAGCGAGGACAGCGAGGGACAGCAGCCAUGGAAGACGCAGCUGGAGACGGUCAUGGAGGAAGAAGAAGAAGAGGAGGAGGAAGAGGAGGAUAUGGUUUCGACACAGAGUGACACAAGGCCUUUGAUCAAUGAAAGAGAUCCCCGACAGAUGAACGAAUGCCUGAAGGUGAGUUUCGAGGACGUGAUAGCCGAGCCGCUCUCAGUGCGCACCGGAGACCGGGUGUGGUUCUGGAGCAACGCGCUGUUCGAGGUGUCCCGGGUUUGGUUCUAUCGCAUCGUCACCGCGGUGCUCGCCAUCCCGUUCUCCAUCGUCGCCGGAGUUCUCUUCGCGUUCCUCACCUGCCUUCACAUCUGGCUUCUCACCCCCUGCGUAAAGGUAAUCUUCAUGAACACCAGCUGGCUGGAGAGGUUAUGGAGAAGCCUAUUGGACAUUUUCAUCCUCCCUGUCUACCGCAGCGUCUCCAAGUCCUGCACGAGCAUUAGCAUGUGACUGACGAGCGAAUGAAAAACUCACUCCUGGACCAUCUGUAUCUUAAAAGGAGCUUUCAGAGCAGAGACAUGAUCACCAGAUGUAGAGUGGUAGUGACAGGACUCUAUGGAUUCUCUUGGAAUCUUCUUCUUCUUCUUCUUUUUACAAGGAAUGACCAGAUAGGACUGGUGUCAUAGUUUUGUUAGGGAAAAAAUGUCCAAUCAGGAUCAGGACAAGAAAAUGUCAUGAUCAUCCUGUACCUAUCGACUAUACGGUAUACCGCACCAUUUAAGGAGAUUUGCCAUUUUGUAAGUCACGUCUAAAACCGUCAUCCAAUCCCACAAUGCUCUGCAGUAGACCGGUGUCCAAACGUGCUAGCGUUAUUAGUGAUGAAGAACGACAUUGUGCAUUAUGGUGGUGGUGAGACCAUUUGAACACCGUGAAAACUUUAAACACAAGUUAUUUUCGUCCCACUUUAAUCUUUAGUCUUUAAUACCUGUGUAAUUACACAUUACGCUAGACGGCAGUAAAAGCACUGUUUACCAUCAACUAAUCUUAUCAUACUGUAUAAAUAACGUUAACAGGCACCGGGAAUUUAUAACGGUGAAAUUUGUUUUGUUUUUUUCACAAACAUGCUAGUAAUAUGAUGGAAAUUACAUCUUAACGUAUAAAAAUGUAUUUAUUGGGGAAACACCCCCCCACUUGAUUCCUAUUGGUUAAUCCUGUUUCACAUCAUAGUUGCUGGUAGCCAAUAAAAUGUGAUGAAACAAACUGAGGGAUGAAAACACCUCAGGUUUAAGAAACCGUAAUUAUAUUUCAUGUAAACGUUUUUAUUUACUUUCCGAUCCUGCCUAGGAUAUCUCCCUGCAGUUCAGCUCACAUGGUGGUAAAAACGAGUCAAUCUUGGGCGGGGCGAUAUGACAAAAAUAUCAUAAUCACGAUACUUGAGGGCAUUUCUACGAUACACGAUGCGUAUCACGAUUUAUAAUUUAGCUAACAAACUGCCAGCAAAACAGCAGUAAAAUAACAAAAAAACAACAACGUUACACCGAGUUUAACGUCUACAAAGACGUUUUUUUUUUAAAAAUCACGUCAAAUCAACUGCAUCUGUUCAGUACUAUUUAAUUUCUAAUGAUUAAUAUAUAUAUAUAUAUAUAUAUAUAUAUAUAUAUAUAUAUAUAUAUAUAUAUAUAUAUAUAUAUAUAUAUCACCAUACCGACGAUAUAUCAGAAAAUUGUAUUGUGUAAUCAUCCAUCACGAUAUCGAUGUUAUAUCGAUAUAUCGCCCAGCACUUAGUCAAUCUGUCGAAAGAUGCGUAAAACCUACGUGAUUUUUCACUUAGUCAGUUUUAGCGUAUGAUUGCAGGUCUUUAAGGUAAUUUCAUCUGUAUGAACGAGGUACUUUUACCACCUCAGGUUACAUUACAAUUGUGUAACAAACACAGGUAUUUUUGUAACGCAAUAUAAACUCGGGCCGCCGUUUUUAAUCCUUUGUUGUUGUUGUUGUAGUUUUUUUUUUACCUUAAAUCUAUAUGAUGUUAUAAAAAGGCAGCCAAGGCUUAUCAAUCUGUCUCUCUUGUCUUAAAUUCAAAUUGGGCGACGUGCUGCAUUUUAUCCCAGCUAUUGAACUGAAUACAUGAAGCACCUUUUGUUUGAAAAAGAAAAUAUUAGUAUUCAAAUUAUUCUGCACGCUUCCAGGCCUGAUUAUUUGUAGCACACCAUUUUCAUGCUAAUGUGUGGCUAUUGAGCUGGGAGAGCUGGUCCAGUGGGUGGUUGUUGGUGGAUGCCUCCAUUUUUCUGCUGAUCUGAGGCCAGUUUUGACACUCUGACAACGAGCGAGGCUUGAACACCAGAACAAAAAGGAAUAUCAAUACCAAGGCUCAUUUUAGGGACGCGGUGUUCUCCAGACUGCUGAACAGUAAGAUCGUGAUCGUACACAACACGUCCGGCUCUUCUGAACAGCACCCUCUAGUGGUGGGAAGAGGGUAGUCGGUGCAUGAGAUUGUAGACACUUGUAACAAUUUUUGUUGUAUAAAACCCUAAUCAAUAAAACCCACCUUCUUUAUUUUUUUCAAAACCGGCUGUUCAGUCAGUGGUAUGGAGAAUGUGCUCUGAUUCAGCCCAUCUCUCUUUCUCUGUCAAAGGUAUGGUCUACAAGCGUGGCAUUUGGAAAUGACUAUCAGGCAUCUAUAUUUAAUCACAGUUCCUCUGGGAUGUUGUGUAGAUGCCUGGCAAAGAAACAGAAGUCCGAAUCAAAAUUAGACAUAGCCACACCCAUGGAGAAACUUCUCUUUGAAAGUGGCGAGAUUUUUGUUCUAUUUCUGUAAAAAGCAAAACAAAAGUCGAUGGUCAAACAGUCGGUUCAAUCCGGAGGUCAACCCUGUGUUAGUGUAAUCAACAAUUUACAACAGCAAUCAUGUUUGCUUCAGGAAGAGAUAACACAUGCUAUAUUAUUUUGUUAAUCUCGUAUGAAAUGAAAUGGAGCUCUCACAGUCAAACAAGCAAUGAUUUCAACAAAACUAUACCAGUGCUCAAAGAAAAAGAGAAGUAUCAAAUCAAGAAGGAAGCUAUGGGGGAAAUUAAUUCUUGCAAAACAACUUCUCCUGCACGGUGCCAAUAGUUCCGGAGUUUACUUUGUACAAACGAUCUGAUUUAUAAAAAAAAAAAAAAAAAAAAAAAAGAAAGAAAAAAAAAGAAAAAACCUCACCCACUACUGCUAAACACAUCCAUACAUUCACAAUGCUUGCAUUUCUGAAACACGCCAGCUUUUUAUUCAUCAAAUGGAUAUUCGUGCUGUAAAGUUCACGUGAGACGUGGCCUUGGAGACCUUGAAGUAUUUGGUACGUUCUGGAGAACGUUCAGUGUGGAAGUGCAUAGUCAGAACAUUUCAACUUUUCACAAUUUGUACGAGGAAACACAACUCGAUAAAACAUGCCAGAUGAGUUUAAAUAACUUCUCUGAUCCGAAAACGUUGGUCUCGCUACAACGUUCACGUUGGAAAUAUUAAAACUCGUGCUUAGAAUUAUUAAAACUUGUGCCAAUCAGAUCCCCCAUAGAAAAACACAGCACACAGGAGCGACCUCGCGAGAUAAGAAACGCACAGGAUCUGUCUCUUCGAGUCUCUCCAAGCUUUCAUACAGAAAUUGUCAGUUGUGCAGGGCGCCGAUCUGGGAUCUGCUCUCCGCGCCUUUACAGUAGCAUUAUAUACAAGGUGAAAGGCGAAAAACGGAUCCUAGCUCUGCGUUCUCGCUCAUAUUAAGCACCAGACUCGAACAGAGCCAGUGUAGAAAGCUGUACAAAGCACCGGCACUGAGAUCUUUCAGCUUUACGCUGCAGUUAACACCGUACGAAGCGUUACGGAGGGUUAUGAAACGCUGAUCAUUUGAGUCACAGCUUCCUCUCCGACCGGG